AUGGCACGCGAGUGCAAUCCCGAUUACGUGAACGCGCAAUGGUCGUUCUACCGAUUCGAGCCCUCGAUGGCGGCUGCGGUGUUCUUCUGCAUCGUCUUCAUCCUCACAACCGCCCUUCACCUAUUCCAAAUGAUACGAACAAAGACGUGGUAUCUGACAGCUUUUGUGAUUGGUGGAUUUUGCGAACUUAUCGGAUACGCUGCUCGUGCUAAGAACACGCAAGAGAAGCCUGGAUGCUGGACCCUCGGACCGUACAUCAUUCAGAAUGUCCUGCUUUUGAUCGCACCAGCUCUAAUGGCAGCUUCCAUCUACAUGAUCCUUGGUCGAAUCAUCCUGUUGACAGACGGAGAGCAACACGCACUGAUCAAGAGACGUUGGUUGACAAAGAUUUUCGUCGCCGGCGAUGUGCUCUCUCUCCUCCUCCAAUCGAGUGGUGGUGGCAUGAUGGCUGGUGCUGGCCCGACCAACAACUUCAUGGAGAUCGGAGAGAAGACAAUUAUCGUCGGUCUCUUUGUGCAACUUAUCGUCUUCGGCUUCUUCAUCAUCACGGCUGCCCUGUUCCAUCGUCGCAUGGCCCUAGUCCCGACCGCCAAAUCACACCAGCCGGAGAUUCGUUGGAAGUACUACCUUUUGACGCUGUACGUUACCAGCAUCUUGAUCUGGGUCCGAAGCAUCUUCCGUGUGAUCGAAUAUCUCGAGGGCAACAAGGGCCACCUGAUGACUACUGAAGUGUACAUCUUCAUCUUCGACGCGACGCUCAUGUUUCUCGUCAUGGUAUGGAUGAACUGGUUCCACCCUAGCGAGAUCGGCCUCCUACUCCGCGGCGAGCCCCCUAUCAAGAAUGGACUUGAGCUCGUCAAACUGGGUAGAACCCACAACAAGAUCCGCCACGAGAACAGCAGCAUGAGUGCCUAA